GGGCUGCCGCGCUCGGCAGCCGCUGCCCCGGGACCCCCUCACCGGCACCGCUCUGCGCGCACCUGAGGGCGCGGGGCCGCCGCCCUGGUGCCUCGCCGCGGUUCCUGCGGCCGCUAGGAGUUAGAAUGACGCGAACGCCUUCUGAAACUGGCAACUACGGCGGUACCUUCGGGCGUGUGUUGUGGCUGAGGGAGAGAUGAAUGCUGUGAUUGUAACCGGGAGAGGUGCCGGUUGAAAUUCCCAGCCAGAAAGCGAUUCCCGCUGCUCAAAGUGGCUGACAAUCUAAGUCAUCACCUUGUGGUGAUACUCCUGCAAUUGAUCCGGCUACUUUAGGAGUCGCUUCUUGGACCUGUGUCGGGGUGCUUCUUCUGCAACUCGCCCUCUUCGUUGGUCACUGGAAAUCUUUCUGUUUCUGCGUUUGAAGUCUCCCCUGCUGAAUGAAAAACUUCUGCUGCCUGUAACUUUUCUCCCUCUUCUUCUGCCUAUGCUUCUUCGUCUCCAGGACUUCUUCCUACUGGUGUUUCUCUUUCCCCUCACUUCCUCUGCUCUGAAGCUUCCACAUGCCACAUGGUUAUUUUGCUUCAGUAUGCUGUGCUUUGUGAUGGCUGGCCAGGUGACUUGACAAUGCUGCUCAACAGAUGCUAUUUUUGUAUUUAAAAAAAUAAUAAUAAAAAUGGCGUUAUUAAUAGGUUACACAUCCGUUUAAUGAUGUGGAUGAAUGUGCCCUGGGGCUUGAUGACUGCCAUCCAGAUGCUAUAUGUCAAAAUACCCCAAAGCUGUACAAGUGCAUGUGCAAAGUGGGUUACACUGGCGAAGGGAAGAAAUGUGAAGACAUUGAUGAAUGUGAUAACGACUUCAAUGGAGGCUGUGUCCACGAGUGUUUCAACAUUCCGGGAAAUUAUCGCUGUACUUGCUACGACGGCUUUAUGUUGGCUCACGACGGCCACAACUGCUUGGAUACAGAUGAAUGCACGUUCAACAAUGGUGGUUGCCAGCACGUUUGCGUCAACACUGUGGGGAGCUAUGAAUGUCGCUGUAAGGAAGGAUUCUUUCUAAGUGACAACCAGCACACAUGCAUCCACCGCUCAGAAGAAGGCAUGAGCUGCAUGAAUAAAGAUCAUGGCUGUGCCCACAUCUGCAGAGAAACACCCAAAGGAGGGGUUGCCUGUGAAUGCCGACCAGGAUUUGAACUGUCCAAGAACCAGAGGAGCUGCAUUUUAACAUGUAAUCAUGGAAAUGGUGGCUGUCAACAUACAUGUGAUGAUGCUGAUAAUGGGCCUAUUUGUGGGUGUCACCCCAAGUACGUCAUGCAUAUGGAUGGAAAAACCUGUCUGGAGAGGGAAGAGGCUGCUGUUGAAAUUCCUGAAGGAAACACUACAGCAGGAGCUGAUGUGGACAAGAGGGUGAAACGACGGUUGCUCAUGGAAACAUGUGCAGUUAAUAAUGGUGGCUGUGAUCGUACAUGUAAGGAUACAUCUACUGGAGUUCACUGCAGCUGUCCUGUUGGAUUCAUGCUCCAGUUUGAUGGGAAGACAUGUAAAGAUAUUGACGAAUGUCAAUCUAAUAAUGGAGGCUGCGAUCAUUUCUGUAAAAACACUGUUGGCAGUUUUGAUUGCAGCUGCAGAAAAGGAUUUAAAUUAUUAACAGAUGAGAAGUCUUGUCAAGACAUUGAUGAAUGCUCUUUUGAACGGACAUGCGACCACACAUGCAUCAAUCAUCCAGGCACUUUCGAGUGUACUUGUAACAAAGGAUAUGCUCUCUAUGGCUUCACACACUGUGGAGACAUUAAUGAAUGUAGCAUCAACAAUGGUGGUUGCCAACAGCUGUGUGUGAACACACUGGGAGACUAUGAAUGCCUGUGUCACUCUAACUACAAAUUACACUGGAAUAAAAAGGAUUGUGUUGAAAUAAAGGGGCCUUUGCCUGCUAAUGUGUCACCCAAGGUAUUGCUGCACUGUAUUAAGAGUGAUGGGAGUGAUAGAUGCCUCUUAAGCUGCACUUCGGAUGUUCAGGUAGUUUCUGGAACACAAGAUGCUUACACCCUCACCUGUGGCAGCUCGUCUCAGCUUAAGAAAAAGCAACAAAAUACAAAUGCAUCCACUUGGCUGGAUAUUUCAGCCAUCAAGAUAAGUGUAACCUUUAAAUUAAAUGAAGGAAAUUGUAGUUUGAAAAAGACUGAGAUGUUUCAAGAAGGUCUGGAACAGAUGAUACCAGAGAGACAUAAUUCACUAACGGAGAGAUUCCACUAUGUAAACCUAACAUGCAGCUCCAGCAAGAAAGUUCAUGGAGCCGUCAGUAGACUGCCAGCGACUAGAGAGAUUUUUAUCACUGUGGACUUUGAACUUGAAACAAACCAAAAGGAGGUGACAGAUACAUGUGAUGUGCGCUGUGCACGAAAGAAGACUGAAAAGAGAUUUCGUAAAACCAUUCGAACUUUACGGAAGACAGUCAACAGGGACCAAUUCCGUGUUCGUGUCUCUGGCGUGGACCACGAAGUGGCCAGAAAAUCUCUCAAGCUGUCAGAGCCACAGCAGUCAUGUGGUGUAGGACAGAUGCAUGUGGGUAACAGAUGUGUUAGCUGCAGUGUGGGAUCAUACUAUGAUGGGGAACGAGAAAGCUGUGUUUUAUGCCCUAAUGGAACUUACCAGGAUGAGGAAGGACAAAUAACUUGUGACUCUUGCCCCAGUCCUCAGAAUCCUGGAAACCAAAAAUUAGCUGGAGCUCACAGUGUGUCUCAAUGUGGAGAUCAGUGCUCACCAGGUGAAUAUUCCCCUGAUGGCUUUAAACCCUGUCUACCAUGUCCCCUUGGAACAUACCAGCCUGAAGCUGGUCGAGUGUCCUGUUUUCCCUGUGGAGGAGGACUAAUGACAAGACACACCAGUGCAUCCUUGUUUCAGGACUGCGAGACCAAAGUUCAGUGUUCACCUGGCCAUUUUUAUAAUACUACAACUCAUCGGUGUAUUCGCUGUAUAGUUGGGACAUACCAACCUGAAUUUGGACAAAAUUUCUGCAUUUCAUGCCCUGGAAACACCACUACAGAUUUUGAUGGGUCCACAAAUGUAACACAGUGCAAAAAUAGACAGUGUGGAGGUGAACUGGGAGAUUACACUGGAUAUAUUGAAUCACCAAACUAUCCUGGGGACUAUCCUGCAAACGCUGAAUGUACCUGGAAUAUUAACCCACCCCCAAAACGCCGUAUUCUAAUUGUGGUUCCUGAGAUAUUUCUACCGAUAGAAGAUGAGUGUGGAGACUACCUGGUGAUGCGAAAAAGCUCUUCCUCUAAUUCAGUGACCACCUACGAAACCUGUCAAACCUACGAACGCCCUAUAGCUUUCACUUCUAGGUCUAAGAAGCUGUGGAUCCAGUUCAAGUCAAACGAAGGGAACAGUGCCAAAGGAUUCCAGGUUCCUUAUGUAACGUAUGAUGAGGAUUACCAAGAACUAAUAGAAGACAUCGUUCGGGAUGGUAGACUUUAUGCAUCUGAAAAUCAUCAAGAAAUACUCAAGGAUAAGAAGUUGAUAAAAGCAUUGUUUGAUGUGUUGGCGCAUCCACAAAACUACUUCAAGUACACAGCCCAAGAGUCAAGAGAGAUGUUCCCAAGAUCCUUCAUUCGGCUGCUGCGCUCUAAAGUUUCCAGAUUUUUGAGGCCUUACAAAUAGCUGGCACUGUACUUAAAAUACUAACAAGUCAUUGGUAUGCACAGAGGGGUUAUGGUAGGUGGGCCUACUUUCUGUGCUUUACACACUGGCAGAGAGACUCUGGGGAAGCUUGCCAGCUGUGUUCUUGGCAGAGUUUGGCUUUCUUAGCUAAUAUAAAUAUUUUGGUGAACAGAAUUUUGAUUCCUCUCCAGAUACCUUUUGGGUACCAAGGAUACUUCAUGGGUCUGUGAAUUAGAGACUAACCAUAAUUUCUGUAACUGAAUGGUGCCAAGCAGAAGUUUGUAGAGCUCUACCCUGUUGUUUCAUCAGUAACUCUAAAAGUUAAUGAGGACAGACAGGCUAAGUGGUGUGGUUUCGGUUGAACUCUGGGCUGCCGUUAAUGCAUAUUACGUCAACAAAGCUGGGAUCAUGUUCAGUCUCACUGAAAGUGGGGACAAAUUUGAUGUCUCUCUUAACUUUUGUUGCAGAGGAAAUUCAGAACUAAGAUUGAAAUGGUUUUAAACCAAGCCAGUGAAUCUGAGAAUUGCACAACAUGUAUUUUUUCUUUGAAUUAUGUGUUGUAUGAGGCAUAUGGAUGAAUAAGCAAAGGGCUGAAUAUUGGCUUGAAUGCUCUGCAUCUGUAUCACGCUGUGUUCAUGCUAGUCACACCUACUGCUUUAAAUGGAAUGAUAGCAGGGCACCACAGAAAUGGAAAGCAGACCCUGACCCACUGGAUGCUUCUAUUUCGGGCUGACUGCAAAUACUUCAACAGAACAGAUUCUAAGCUAAAUCCCAGUGCUCUCUGUGUGCAUAGCCCUGGGACAGCAUAACACAUUGGCUUUUCCAAGUAGUACAAAAUUCUGUCCCCUGAGCACCUGCAAGUUGAACAUGCAAGCACCAUUUCAAAUGCAGGCUUUGGAUAGAUUAUGUUCUUGUACAUCAUGGUUUAAAACUGUAUAAGGUUCUUAUAUGAGCCCCAAUCCUCCUAUCCCUUAUCUUGUUUGAGCACCUUGCAGUGACCAUGUUAGGCAGAGAAGGGCUGCUUUCCCUUGCUUGUUGGAUAGAAGUGGAUGUGCAAAGAUAUUCCUCAGUCAGACCAUAGCCAUAGAAGCCAUCUACGGUAAAAUGCCAUUUUAAGAUUCCCAAACUCUGGGUCCUUUUCCUCAGGUUGUGUUUCUCAUUUGAGGUAAGGGUAUUCUGAAAGGGAGAACUAUGUCGAUCAGAAUGUUUUUUGUUUUCUUAGUGCUUUUCUGUCCACAUUUAUGUUACAUCACUGUUCUCUGGCCAUGCAAACCAUUUCCUCAGCAUAAGGUAUCUUCUGGGCAUUCUGUCUUGAAGGGAGAUGGUCCCAGUCCCACUCCUUUGGAGGUGGACCUGUAUGUUUCUGGGUUGGUCCCUGGCAGUGCUCUAAGGGGCCCAGUGGCCCCUGAUCUUCUUCUGUGUGUCCCCUCAGGAAAGGUACUGAAGUUUUGCAGUGUAGCCAGGAUGAAUGCUCCCUCUUUUAGAUGUGGGCUUGUAUCUCCCUGGGUUUCAUUACAUUGGUAUGUGGUAUUUAACUGUUGUAUGUGAAUAAUACCAUAUCCACAGUGUGACAGAUGAAACUCCCAUGCAGAACCAGGGUUUGAAUCUUUUGCCUGCAUUGUUAGGGGUAAAUGAGCACUACCAAAUACAGCCUUGCUGAACUGUCAUGCUGUGAGAGCCCCAUUCUGUGGCACAUGAGACUGCAGCCUGUCAUGUGGUAAAGACACAUCUUGAUCAUGGUGUGAUGGAAAGGGACAUUGGCCUUAUGCCACUGACACUGUGUUGCUAUUUGUACUGCCCAGAAGGAAUUACCAUGCUCUCAUGGGAGGAAAAGGGAAAUUGCUGCGAAGAGGGAGAGCUGUGUCCUUGCUGGCUGCACUGGCUCUCCUGCCCUGGCUCAGGUGUUGUCUGUGUGUGCCUUUUCCAGGAAUGGGACUGCCAGACCUGCAAAAGGGAGAGCAAAAGAGGUUGGGAGAUGAGUAGGGAGGCAGGGGGUAGAUUAGCAGAAGGGAGGAAAGGAACGCAGUUCUGUGUGCUUUUCUGGCUGCUAUGUUUUGUCCUGAGCAGGCUCCCCUGCUGCCCAUGCCAGGAGGGAGAACAGCAGCUAUCUAGAAGACGGUAUGAGACAGUGUGGUCAGUGAGGAGUGGCUAAGGGAUGCCAAGACGAGAGGAAAGAUGAUGGGAAAGGCUUUACUACCUCUGGGGUAAAAGUGUGCUGUUGAGGUGAGAUAGAAGUGAGGCAUUUCAAGAUAGCUUCCCCUUGGCUGAAAAGCCCUCUUCUUUACUGUUCAGGGCUUUGCAUGCCAGGUGCAGUAUGUCAGUGAGUUGCAGUGACCCACCAACUCUCUAUAUGGUAACAGAACACUUUGACAUGAGUGAGAUGCUGCAGUGCUGCCCUGAGCGCAUGGGUGAGUUAGAGGCCUGCUGGUGUGGGGCACAGGAGGAGAGGAAUGUGAUGUGCCAGCUUCUGGGCACCGUCACCAAGCCCAGCAGUGUGGCUCUGCUGUGGUUUGGGGGCUCUUUGACAAGAGGCACAAGCCAGUUCUUGCUGAAUUCCCUCACACGAAGGCUACAGAUCAGUUUCACAUUGCUGAGUGGCAUGCAAAUCAGAGCGAUUGCUUUCAGCAAGGGUUCAAGAAAACAAAAUAAUGUUUUCAGACUUCUAGAUAUUGUUCAUUGGUGAAAUUGGACUUUCCAGCUCUGCAUAUGAGCUCUGGGUUUGUUCCACUGCACUUCAUCUUGUUAGGUACACUGAUGUUUUUGCUCUGCACAGCUGCUCUGGGACUGGCGUCUCACCUCUGGUCCAUACAGAGGAUCUCAGCUUUGCUUCUUUGUUGCCCCCAUGUGCAUGGGGCAUUUUCUUUGCUGUUUGCAGAAGCUUCAGGCAUGUAGAAGGAGAGGAGCAUAUCAACGUGGUGUAUGGUCCAAGACUGAGCAGAAGAACCUGCCCUUUCUUGAGGAAAAAUCCUUUUUGUUCCAUAGCUGUGUUCAUUUUCUACAUAAAAAGUAAAUGAUUUGGAAGCACUUCUGUUACCUAACAUUAUAAAUGAAAAUUCUCCCUUUUACUUUAGAUCCUGUAUAUGCAGUAGAAAGUAGAGAGGGAAUUUCUGCUAUCUUAAAUAUUGGGAAGAGUGGUAACUUACAGAAUGUUGUAACACUUGGCAUUGUAAUUUUGUAGCAAUGGUAGUGGCUCUGUAGAAAUCUUGAGUUUCUACUUUGUGUGGUUGUAGACAUGUUUUUUUUUGGCAAGAAAUAAUUCAAAAUGUUUAACCUUAUAAAACAGGAUUUAACUUUUUGAAAUAAUUAGCAUUAACUGGAUGACUUAAUGUCACCUACAUGAGAUAUUCAUAAGGAUCUUUUCUUCAUUGUAAAUUAAUGUAAAAUGUUUCAGAUUUAGUAUUAACAAGAGAAAUAAACCAGUGGCCUUUUAGUUGCAUGAAAACAUUGGGCAAUAUUUUUAGUUGUCUUUGCUGUGCUAAAUAAUAGUUUUGUAACAAAAUGAAAGGUGGUGCAGCAAGUUAUCACAUACCAGGUAGACUUUGUAUCCUGGGAACGUCUGCUUACCAUAGCAUUCUGUUUUCUGUAGUAUAUUAUUAGCCUGCAUCUUUACCCCACAAGUACAUGAUUCUUUGUGUAUUUAGUGGUGCACGUAUUUUUGGCUGGUGUAAGCCCAGAAUUAUCCUGCUAUUAAUUCUAAUAAUUAUGCUGAAAACAACUCCUGUACCAUGAGCUGGAAUCAACUGACCUGUUGUGACUGUCUGUGUCGAGACAGAGUAAACUGCCUAAAGUAACUCCUCAAUAUUUUAUUACUUUGUAGAUAAAUCUGAUUAUUUUAUAAAACUUGUUCAAACUUAAAAAUAAAAAAUGUGAAAACCUGUGUUAAGACACAAGUUACCAGAAUAUUUUUGACUACACCCUUGUUUCAUUAGAGCUUUUCAUUAAAUUCACUGUUCUUAUAAUUAAAAAAUAGAUCAUGUGAAAUUACAAAUGACUUGAAAAAUAGUAUUGAACUACUAUUGAACUAUAUUUGUUUGUGAUACUACAUUGAGAUUAUUAGUUAUACUCAAACUAUCCAAAUAUUUCAGAAAAAUAAUCCUAAUGUCUUCUCAUAAAUUUUUUCAAUUGUUUGUUUGAUCCUCAGCUUAUCUUUGAUCACAGCACAAGGACUGAUUAUUUUUUUAAAUGAAUGUAACUAUUUGGGUUCAUUUGGUGCAGUUGUGGAAGAUACAACUAUAUAUUUCAGCUGUUAGCUGUAGGAAGCUGACACCAGUUGAAGUGAAAAGACAGCAAAGUAAAUGACAUACAAGAAUAUAGAGGUCAUGGUAUGAUGACUCCAGGCUAAUCACAACCAAAACCAGUGUCAUUCAAAUAUUCUGCAUGAUGUUGUGAAUGCUGCCAUGUGCUAGGUUGCAGCGAUGGCUCAGACAGCCACCAGGGCAGGGAACAUUGAUAUGAACCACCUAGCAAAUUCUCAGAACAGUGGAGCUGAAAUUCUGACUGGGACCUCUGGAUGCUUGCAUAAUGGAAAUAAGUGAUAAUGAAAUAUAGAGAACAAGAUCUGAAGCUUAUUUAAAUCCAAGGAAUCAGAGGAGGUGUGAUGCGGGUAAGCAGGAAGGAAUGAUAUUAUAAUAAUCCUUGGGAAGAGAAUGUAAGGAUACUGGUCUGCAAAUAUUUCUGCAUUAAAUAAACUUAGAAAUGCAAAUGCUUUUUCAUCAUUUAUAUAGAUGACAUCCUGUAAAUGCAAUAGAUGCUGAAUGUAAAACCUGUUAUGACUUAAAUGUACAUAGACUUCCUAUCUUCCUUUUAAUAAUGCCCCAUUCAAACUUUGCAUGUGCAAGGCUGUUGCUAGAGGAGUCAGAUGAGUACUUUUAAAGAACCUGAGCCAAACUGAAGGCUGGUACAAGUUAGUUUGUUUCUAGGCGUCGCUGGAGCCAGUGUCCUGUAACAGAUCUUGCUGCUGCCCAUUUAGUUUGAACAAUUCUUUUGCUUGUAGGGCAGAUUUUCAUGCUCUGUUGUGCAGCUCUACUUUCUACAACGUAUAUUCUGCUGUUGCUGUAAAACACCUAUGAGUAGUGAUGCAAAUAUAGCACCUGUGGGGAAAACAGGAGUUAGUGUUCAGGGGACAGAUUCCCCCUUCAGAAGGUAAGUUCAUCCGGUUUCUCUCCAAGUCAGUGCAAAUUCUGUGUGACUUUCUGUAUGUUGCUCUUUUAAGGUGGUUUAGUAAAGUAGUUUAAAAGUGUUUUAAAAAAAAAAACAACAAAAAACAAAAAGGGAAACUCUUCCUAUUUAAGUAUGUAUUUGUCACUAAAGCUGUUGUUCUGAUUAAACACUGUGAAUAGUAAUAAAGUUUUUUUGAGGUGUAUGUAGCAAAGCCCAUUUA